AUGGAUUCGACGUCUCUUGCGUUUGGUGUCGUCUCCUUGGCGAUGCAGUUGGUACAGACAGCGACCGCCAUCCAACAGUUGAUUGCGUCAUACAAGUCGGCCGCCACGGAGCUCGCCAGCCUCUCGAACAAGCUCGAAGACAUUGAAGCAAUUUGUCACUCACUUGAAGUCGCACUCACCUGCUGUAAUCAAGCUCCCAAGCCGUGGGAUGCCAUUCUGCUUCAGAAAUUGCACAAGACCUUGACCCACUGCCGUGACAAGAUCUUCCAACUGCACGAUCUUGUCAGCAAAAUUACAUCCGGUUCAGCAAGGAAUCAUAACCCCUUACGCACGAUGGGGGCUCUAUUCUUGCAGCACAGAGGCAAGAUUAGGCAAUGUGAUUCAGAUAUGGAGGGCUCACUCAAUUCGCUUCACUUACAGAUGACCACAAACCUGUUGGUUAUGAAUCUGAGGCCUUCCAUCCUUUCGCAGUCUCCAACUCCAACUAUGGCCAAUAAUGGACAUCAGGCAGGUGUCAAAGCUCCAUUGGCAAUGAGCAAGCCCGGAUACGAAAUAAAUACCGAAGAGCAUUGGAGACAAGGAUGGAACUCAGUGUUUUAUGUUGAGCGCACCAAAACACGAAAACGCUCAACUGGCCUUCGCGGUCCAAACGACUCAGCCACCCAAGACAGCUCGUCAUUCCUCGCAGGCUCACCUUUGUUGGGGCUUUACGUCGAGCUAUCCGUACAGCAUGGCUCUCUUAGCCCCCUGUCCAUCGCUAUCCAGUUUCCAACUAUACUGGAUCUCAAUUUCAACCGACGCGGACCCGGCGGUAGACUUUUGGAUGCCAUAGAGCGCAACAGCUUGAGUGAAGUCCAGACGCUUUUCAGCGAAAGGGUCCUCACCCUCGACACGAAAUUGACAUGGGAAGGGUCAAGGGCAGACUCGGAGACUUCAUUGUUUGGUGUGAGUAGGGCUGCCACAAUUGCAAAAUGCGCAUUAUUAAUGUUUAUGUUAGCUAGCCACAUCGCUAAGGGCUCCUCCUCAGACGCAAGGAUUGCCCGCGACUACAUCAACCUGCGUAAGGAUUGUCUUGCCCCUUUUGAGCUCAAGAUACUCUUAGACGGCAUUUAUGAUGUAGAAUACAUCAACUGCUGUGUAGAUGCCUGUAAGGUAUACGUGUCCAGUCACUGGGCACCGUUCAACCUGAUGGUGUGGGAGCACACUCUACAAGGGUUUCUGAGAAGGUGUGAAUAUCGACAAGAACCUUAUGACACAAGAGGAUGGGCACAGAUCAUCCAACAGGCCAUAUUGGCUGGGCUAGACAUCCACAACAUCACUUGGGCAAGAUAUAUUACCGGUGGGCGCAGCGCUCUUCAUCACAUUCUUCACCGCACUGACACCACUGAGAAUGCUCUGGAAAAUGCCCAAGAUUGGAUCGACAUAUUGGAACAAGCCGGCGUGGAUGUACAGCACUAUCUCCAAGUGGAAAUCGAACAUUGCAAUUCCACAUGGGAUGAGGGUAGUCCAUGGCUCGACAGGGGCGGAAUAUGGUUGCAUGGGCGCGAGACACUUUACAAAAGGCGGUUUGUUGUCAAAGAGUCCAGAGGCAGGCGAUUACCCUGCUGGAUAGAGGUGAAUUCUGACUCUUGUCAAGCACGCGAGCUCUUUGCGGAAUUUCCUCAUCUGAGGCAGAAAAGUUCGUUUGGCUCAAGACAUCCGCAGGACGACGUCACAGAGCAGCACCUGGCUUGGAAAGAUCCCAUUUGGAAAGCUAGACCCGGCCACAAUGACCGCUCUUUGCUCCCGAGUUACCCUGUAUACCCUCCACUGAACCGAAAUGAACCGGCAUAUUUGGGGCAACAAUUACCGCUCAGCAGGAUAUACGGAUGGUCACAGGAGCAACUGGCUGGGCUUGAUCGUGCGUGUGAUCUCAUGGAGAGUCGGUUCGAGCGCAGGCAGGCCAGAAAAAUGCGCAAGUCGGGCGGUUUGAAGAGACUGAAGUUUAAGACUCGGAUGCCGGGGGCUUGGGUUGAAGACUAUUGA